ACCUACUGAGACAGACCUACUGAGACAGAGAGACACUGAGACAGAGAAACAAUCAGACAGAGAAACAAUGAGAUAGAGACACAGUGAGCAGCAGGAGACCUCUAUCAGCCUGGAGAGAGAGCGGACCAGAGGACCAGAGGAGGAAACACAGAACCCUAAAUCCAAACCCAGAAGACCAGGACCAGUCAGUCAGCUGGGACCCAGACCCUGAAGACCGGGAAGACCUAUUAACCCUGACCCCGGACAAGAAGAUCUAGACCAGAACCAGCUCAGGCAACUAGGACUACUCACUACAGCCCACUACAGCCCACAACAGCCCCAGAACCAGCCCAGAACCAGCCCAGGCCAGCAGACAGGACAGAGAGAUGGCGGCAGGUGUCAUCAGAACCUUCCGUCUCUCGGCCACUCCCUCCUGCUAUCUACCCAUGAUCCUCCAACAUUCCCUCAUGGACGAGGAAGAAGAGGAGAGGGAGGAGGAGGAGGAGGAGGUGGAGGAAGAGGAAGAGGAGGACAGGGAGGAAGAGGAAGGUGAUGAGGAGCAGGAAGCUUUCUCAUGCCCCGCCCCUUGCUCGUCAGAUCUGACCAAUCAGCUGCUUCGGUUUGCUGACACCAUCAGCCGGGACGUCAUGCGAUAUUUUGGCUGUCGCCACGACGACCCGGACGCCUGUGACAUCUACAGCGACAAUGACCGCAUCUCCACAGCAACAAGCGGACAACGGCGUUACUAUGAUGACCUGGUAAGGAUGGCAACAGGAAGCCCGGAGUCCGUGUCUAGGGCUGGCAAUCACCAAGGACCGUGUGUUUCUGUUGCCGGGGGUGAUGGAAGUCUGGGUCCGUUGGCCGAGUUGUUUGACUGUCGGAUUGGGCACAGCCAGGGACGAUGUCGUCCAAUGAACAAGAGACACCUCCCUCUCAGCUUCUGGAACGAGCCAAUCCUCUGCCUCCCUGUGGGCACGCUCAUUAGUCCUGACAAUACACGCACACACCACAACACACACUCACAUGACAACACGACCUCACACGACAACACGCACACACACCCGGACUUCAGUGACCUGCUUGCUUACUGGGACCCCAAUCCUGACCUCACUCACACACACACUGACCUCACACACACUGACCUCACACACACUGACCUCACACACACUGACCUCACACACAUACAGACACCGAUCUGACGGUGACACACUGACCACACACACAUACAGACACCGAUCUGACGGUGACACACUGACCUCACACACAUACAGACACCGAUCUGACGGUGACACACUGACCUCACACACAUACAGACACCGAUCUGACGGUGACACACUGACCUCACACACAUACAGACACCGAUCUGACGGUGACACACUGACCUCACACACAUACAGACACCGAUCUGACGGUGACACACUGACCUCACACACAUACAGACACCGAUCUGACGGUGACACACUGACCUCACACACAUACAGACACCGAUCUGACGGUGACACACUGACCUCACACACAUACAGACACCGAUCUGACGGUGACACACUGACCUCACAAACAUACAGACACCGAUCUGACGGUGACACACUGACCUCACACACAUACAGACACCGAUCUGACGGUGACACACUGACCUCACACACAUACAGACACCGAUCUGACGGUGACACACUGACCUCACACACAUACAGACACCGAUCUGACGGUGACACACUGACCUCACACACAUACAGACACCGAUCUGACGGUGACACACUGAGUUCCGGCAGAAGUUCUGUUUAACAACAUUGGACGGUUGUGUUGUAAUUAGUGUUGUGUUGUAAUUAGUGUUGUGUUGUAAUUAGUGUUGCGUUGUAAUUAGUGUU